CUCGCGAGUAUCUCCCUACACGUGGCCGAAAGCUCCCCUUGUUUUGCGCUGGAUUUCACCACGAAAGAUUCCCUGCGAUGCGAAUCGCCUGCAAAUGACUGUAGUAACAUCUCGUAGUGGAUCUGUCACCGUCGCCGAAAAGUGUCAUGACACACUUUCGCCGCAAAUCAGGUUCCUGGUGAUAAUGGAGAGUGGAAAUUAGACAUUUAUAUAUAGUAACCACUGAGGAAAGCAAAAAUAAACUUAAAUAUGAAAGGAGAGAUGAAAAGGUGCAAGUGAGAUUACGAGAAGGACAUUUAAUAGAAAGGAGAAGAAGAAGAGGAAAAGAGAGGCAAAAUAAUAUUGGAACAUGUUGACUCUAGUGACGUAUUAGUAAACAAAAUGGCUAAGUUAUCUAGUGAAGAGAGGGCCAUGUUCCCUUUGACGGACAUUAAAUCUGUAGUGAAACUCUUUACGACACAUUUAAACAAGAACAAGGAGCCGAAUUUAGCCAUAUUGUCGAUUAUCGUUGGCCACAUAGAAAACACAUUGACGUGUGCCAGGGGCGCAGCAGCCCAGGAGACCUCCCUAACUUCCUCUCUCCCCGUUGAUUACGACGAUUGUGCGACUGCGGGAGGAGGAGGAGGUCUACAGACAGACAGGUAUUCCGAUGUCGACUGCACUCUACCGGUGGUGGAGUACAAGAGCGUCGAGGCUCUCUAUCACAGGUUCCUAGCCAUCAUCAAAGCUCACGUCGAUGUGACAGCCUUCGGAACCCCGAAGUACGCCACCAGGGAGCUGGUCAAGCGAAUAUCGGACGUGGUGUGGUGUACCUUAUCCAGCAGCUACUACAAAGACCGCGCCCACCUCCAGUCCAUAUACAGCUACAUGACAGGUGCCAAGUUAGAUAGUUCUGGAACAACAUUAGCCGUAGUUGCAGCGUGCCAAGCUCUUGGCUACAAUGAUGUCCACUUGGCAUUGUCUGAGGAUCACACCUGGGUAGUCUUUGGAGAGAAGGGCCAACACACAGUUGAAGUCACAUGGCAUGGUAAAGGUAAUGAAGAUAAAAGAGGGAUACCGGUUACUGACGAAGUCUAUAGCAAGUCUUGGUUAUAUGUUAAUGGGCAACCAGUUAUCUGUGACAGAUACAUGGAGGUUGCAACAAUAGUUUCAAACAUGAACCCUGGCAUUAGUGCAACAACGGACUCUGAAGAAGUGAUGCUUUUACAGCAGGCGUUACUGUGGUCCUUGUAUGAUGCUGGGCAUCUAGCUAAAUAUCCUAUGGCAAUUGACAAUUUGGGUGAUUUGGAAGAAAUGAUGCCAACGAAGGGUCGACAACCAGCGACAAAGAUGUAUGAAGAAGCCAUUACUAGUGCUGUUCGAUACUAUGAUAACCAGCAUGUGUAUCCAUAUACUUAUUUGGGUGGAUAUUGCUACAGAAAUAAAUUGUACAAACAAGCUUUGAAGUACUGGGCCAAAGCUGCUUCUGUUAUCAAGAAUUACAAUUACUCACGGGAUGAUGAGGAAAUAUACAAGGAGUUCCUGGAGAUUGCUAAUGAGUUAAUACCACACAUCAUGCGAGUUGUCAGCUCCGGCAUCUCGGCAAGGUCCAUUCUGAAAGAUCCUGAAUGCUUUGCGUAUCUUAUAGAGUUCUAUGAUGGCAUCUGUGAGUGGGAAGAAGGAUCUGCUACACCUGUUCUUCACAUUGGUUGGGCUAAAGCCCUGUUCAAUACAAUAUCCAAAUUUGAUGCACAUGUCAGAUCUCACGUGAAGAUGAUUUGCAUUGACCCAGACUCAUCAGAUCUUUCAGAUAAUGGGGACCUUCAGGGAUCUGCUGUGGAAAAAGCGGCGGCAGCAGAGGCUAGAACAUCACAAGAUCAGAAUGGCAAUAUGGCAACUGAUUGCAUUAACUUGACCGAAGAGUUGUUUUUCUGCGAACACUACCAUCAUCAUCGGAUUCGCGCAAACGCGCGCCAAGUCCGCAAGAGGUGCUAUGUUGGGGGUCGAAGGAAGAUGCUGAUGACUGAUCAUAUCGCUGCUAAGGAUAUUGACCCAAGUGAAGUUCUCCAUCGUUGGCCACUAGUCAAGCUUGCAUCAGCAAAAAUGCGAGGCUUGAGGGACCUGUUGCUUGCAGAUAAGCUGAAUUCACAAGCAAUAUCUCUUCAGCUAACUGCACAGUCACAGGUGACAACUAAGAAGAGAGGCGGAAAUGAGCUAGAAAGUCCGCACCCUGGUCGGUCGAAGAGAACGAGGAGAGAGUGAAAAUGACAAAGGACAGUUGAUACUGCUAAGUGGUGCGCCAAGACUUGUUACCUAUUGAACAUUUCCAAAAGAAAAUGCUUUUGUGUCAUCUUCCUUACAGACAUAUGUCAAGUGAGGAAUGCUAAGGUAUAUUGUAGUACAGCAGUUUGUUGUGAACAAAAUUUUUAGAAUAUUGCCUUUAGCAGGUAUUCUUUUUAAUGAUUCAACUAAAUGCUAAGCCUUGCUGCUUAGCUUCAAGGUGUGAAACUUUUUCAGUUUUCUUUUAAAAUUAAAAAUUGAUAAGAUUUUAGCAUGAGUAGCAGUCCAUGAAUGUUGCUGUUUAAGUUUUGCAGGUUUUUUUAAAGCAAGCAGAGACUGUAGUUUGCUGUAACUUCAUCAUGAAUAUGUUAGCUGCAGGAUGUUAUUGUUUUUCAAAGCGUUAUAUUAGCAACAAACUCAACAACUUUAAACUGCUGAUGAGAAAUGAAGCUUCAGAUCUUUUGAGCAUUAAGAAAUGUCUUGCACACAAACACAAAAAUGUCUUGACGUUACAUAUAUAUGCCCAGCUCCCAAGACCAGGUUUGUGAGCUGGGAACUAUAUGACAAAUAUUCAGUGGCCUAAUAAUAUACUAACGUUUAUGAUUAUGUAAUAGGUAACCAUUAUUGUGCUAGAGUAGCCAUUCCCCAGUGAUAUUGGGUAGUCAAAAUUAGACUUUAUUUUUAUUGUCAUGUCUUUACCAAAGUUUGAUUUCUUUUUAAAUUGAGAAACCAUGAUUUUAUAAUAUAUCUAUAAAUAUAUAUAUAUAUCUAUAUUUUAUGUAGAGAAUUAGGUGCCAUUUCUUUAGUAAGAAAUGAAAAGUUGAAUAGAAAUAGUGAUACUUAUUUAUAUUAAGAAUAAUGGGAAAGUAGACAUUGGAUACAUAAUGUAAUAUGAACCCAGGUAAUGGCUAAGGAGCUGGUGUUAUUGUUCUCUUAGGAAUCAAAGAUUAUUUUUAAAGGAUAAUUGUGGAUGUAAUUAUAAUUGUUAGACUACAUUUGAUUGUUGUAGUCUCCCCUAGGAUAAGUACCAGAGAUGUGCACAGCCGAGAGUAUGUUUGGAUGUCGCACAUAUUAUCCUUUUUGAUGACGAUGCACAAUGCGAAACUUCAAAGAUUUUAUUGAAGUGGAAUGUUUUAAGCCCUUCUGGUUGGCUUUUUGGGAAAAUUUGACAGUUAUUCUUGUUAUUAAUGGAAGCAGGAGGAGAGCAGGUGCACAGCCGUCAUUGUUUCUUCUCCUUGUUCAUGUUCUUCUUGUUCCGUGUGAUGACGUUGGUGAAGGCUGGAAAUGGGAGGCGGCUUGCUUGAUACCUCUUCCUGUACUGUAUAUUUGUGUCCAGUCUUAGUAGCCUGUGAUGAUUUAAAAGCUGUUUCAGGGGAAUUUUAUUGAUUUAAGGUGCUGGUAUAGUACAAUUGUCUUUGCAAAAAAAAAUGGUAUUGAUAAGACUGAGGAUUCAUCAAGUGUGUUGCUUGCUAGAUUUAUAUGUUUAGAGAUUUAAGCAAAAUGUGUAUGCAAUGGUACACGCCUGUUAUGUUUGAUUAUGAUAGAUUCUAUGGAUCCAGUCAUUUGAUAGGUUCAAUUUUGGAUUGAAGUCGUUCGAUUGAUUUACUUGUACAUAAUUAUUUCCCACUUUUUUGCUGGCAAGAGCCCUGUAGUUUGUCAUAUACAUUAAGCAGUAUUUUUGUUAUGGCAUGCUAUUAAGGGUCAUUUAUUUAUUUUUCUUUUUCUCUCUCGAAGGGAAUAUAACUCGUGAUGGUCAGCCAUCUUUGGCUCAGACAACUUUGUGGUAUGUGCCGACAGAAUUAUGGCACCAUGUGUAGUGUGUUACUGUGAAAUACAGUUAGCCUAAUACGCAGUCACCUAAUGAGGGAAUAGGGCUGCUUAAAAGUACCUGAUAAGAAGUAAGUCAAGUGGUUGUGCGCCUACUUAUUAUUAUGAUUACGUAGCAGAUGGAGGACAGACGGAAGUAUCCCUUAAUCCUUUUUCUCCUUCAUCUUCUUCCUCCAGUGCUGCUAAAAGCUGCUGGCCUUUGUAGCCAUUAGUACAGCUGACAGUGUUUAAACCUGCUUAGAUACACUAGAAGCUAUGUAAUUUAUGUAGGCUUUGGAAUUUGCCAACAUACAAAUGAUGGGGACAUCACUUUUGCUGUGUUCCCAUUUUCAGAUGUGCAUUGAUGCAGUCCAGAAUGUUUUACCAUGGGAAAUGCUUAGAUAGAUUGCAACUGGAAUCUCCACAAAAUGUUUUUUUUUUUUUAAUCUUAAUUCAAUUUUGUCUUACAAGAUAUUAAUGCCCACCUAUUUUUUUGUUGACUCUGCAUUAACUUAGAGACAGAUCCAAAUAAGACUUAGGUAAAGUAUAAUGCAUGGUGUAUAGUAAGUAGACAAAGACCAUGUUACAUUGUAAAUGAUAUUGUCAUUAUUUUCAUGAAUAUCAUCAUCAUAAUCAUGUAGUAUCAUGCACAACCCACCUCUGCAAUAGAAACAUCUGCCGAGACAGAGAGCAUUCUUGUACUUAGAACUUUACAUUGCAAAGGUUAGUCUCUGUACCACAGGAAACUUAUAUUAUCAUGUUCCUCUCCCUAGAACAAAAAAUCAUGUAAGCAUAAAUAUUAAUAGAUUGUAAGCUCACCUCAGUGCAGUAUACAGAAGUAUAGACAACACGUUAUCAGUAUCCAGUUGUCUCUCCUUGUGCCAGAUAAUAUAGUCACAGUUGUGUUAUGGCUUUCAUAGAAAGUUGACUUUUGUUUGCCUAAUCAGUUAGACUAGGGCUUUGUUUUUAAACAUGGAUAAUUCUCAAGUUGAUUCCCUCCCCCUACCCAUUUUCUUUGUGAUUUGUGGGUGAAUGUCAGGGUUAUAACUGUAACUUUUCAUAAUGGUCAUAACUUCCAAGGUACUAAUGGUGUAACUGUGGGAUAAAUAUGAAGAUGUUCCCCCUUUUUUAACCUAACUUUUCAGUCCCUCAAAGAUAACACACACAUGUUGAGCAAAACCUAUGAUAGAUUUCUUGACCUAGGCAACAUAGAACUAAGCUUCUCCAGACAGGCUGUAGCAUUAAGAAUAGGGGUAGGAACUUUAGAGGUUAUCAUGUUCAAAAUACAUUGCUUUGCUGUUCACACCAGAGUUACCUUGGCAACAGAAACACUGGUAUACUUUAUUUCCUUUGUAUAUGUUUCACAUUGCUGUUUGUAUGCAACAUGAAAACUUUGACUGGCAGUGCUUGCAAAUUUUAGCAUUCUAAUGUGGUGUCCAUAUUGUUUCAAAAAGUGAUGACCAACCAUUUCAUUGCUACAUAUAAGUUUGUCCCAUUGCAUGCAGCCUCAUGUAAGAGUGUUAAUCAACCUUUGCUUAUGAAGAUGAGGUGGUUUUGUUGCUAAUGUGGCUGCCCUUGUGAAGCUCUAGAUUUUUGUGCUUUGCUUGGUACCAACAGUGCUUGUUGCUCUGUGCUAGCAUUGCAAGGAAUCAUACACUUGAAUAUUAUUCUGAUUCUUGUACAGAUAAAAAUUUAUAUUGAUCAUUGUUGUGUCCAAGUUGUGAAAAAUUAGUAUUGCCAGUUGGUUGACUCAGAAGUGUCAUUUAUUCUUAGAAAGGAGACAUUAUGUUAUUUGUUCCAUGGUGCUUUGAGGCAAUUGUUUAUUUUAGUAUCACAGUCCCGUACACAAUAACAUUCAAACUUCACGAAGAUAUUAAAAUAUCAUAUAAUUUUACCUGUGUCACAUUGUGUUGUUAAAACCAUGAGCUAAUUCAGCCAAUUUACUUUUUAUGGGAAUCUAGAAAUUACAUAUCAUCACCUGAUUAAAAUACCUUCAGGUUGUUAUAUAAGAAACAUGUUAGCAUUGUGUAACCAAGCAUGGACAAUAGUAUUACAUAUAUGAAAAAUAAAAAUAGAUUAUAGCUUGUAAACAUUUUUUUAUCAUAAUCCCAUUAAGUGUAUUGUAUGCCUAUUAUCACAGUCACAUUGUUCCCAGGAUCAUCAGCCAUUUUUCAUGCCGUACAGAAGGUAGUCUCACCACACAUGAGCUUUUUGUUGUCUUGAAAUGCUGCCAACAUGCUCAGCCACUGUUCUUGGUGAUUUCUUUCUGGAUUGCUUCACACCCCAUAUUAUUAUUAGGUUUUCAGCUGCCGGUGCUAUUUGUUGAUACUGAUGCCAGUUAGGGACAACCAGUGAGCUGCUGCCUUUUGAUUUUUAAUUGUGUAGCAAUUUUUUUUUUCAUUCCACCUUAUCAUUAAGUAUUUUGUGCAUAGUUCACCUUUUUUUGGCAUAAUUCAAUAUAGUUCUUUUAGAUUCAAUUCUUUUUUCAUUGUAAGAUGCUAACUGGCUGUGAUUUUGAAUAAGUUACUGAUUACUUUUAUCACUUUCCUUUCCUCUGAUGUACUGUAGUACAGCUUGGAGUUGGUGGAUUUAUUUGAGUUUUAUUUUGCAAUUUAUUUCAUAAUGUUUGGCUUCCUUGUUUUAUGUUUUUAUGUGGUAAUUUUCAUUUAUUGACAUCAUUUUGACCUUCUCUCAAGUUUUUGUAAUAGAUUAAGGAGUAAAUUUGUUUCAGUUCUUUGUUUUAUUUUUUGGUCAUAUUUUGGGAUUCACCUGAUUUUAACCUGUGUGAGUUUGAUUUAAAUGGACUACUUUAUUUCUGCAAAACAGUAAUUACUGUUGUAAUAGUAUUUUUUCUAAUUAGUUUAUCAUUGAUGUCUGUCACUGUAAGAGGAGUCUGUUCAAUCACAACCUCCUAUUAGGAGGCAAGCCCCAUCCACUAUCAUUGCCGGAAAAAGAUUCACCUUGGUUUAUGUGGCUGCCUGUCCACAAUAUUGAGACCAACAAACAUCAGGGUUACUCAUCCUUAGUAAUCAGAGUUUUGGGAUAGUAGAAUGCACCUUUAGGAUGGAGGUAAAGGUAUUGGCGCAUGAUUGUUUAGUGGGAUUUUGUCCUGUUUCAGGUUGUGUAUUCAGUCUGGCUUCAGUAUCAACGCAAUUGUAGAUUGGAAUAUUCAGCAUGGGUAUUUGUUGACUGAAUAGUAAUGGUAUCAGUGUUUCUGUUGUUGAAACAUCCUUGUGCUCUUCUUCUAUGGGUUUUCCCUGCACCUCACAUCCCAUUUGAUCUGGGAGAAGUCUAAUCAUAUGCAAUUUUAUGAAAAGCAUUUCAGAAUGCAGUCUUUGAUGCAGAAAUUGUCAUAUUUUUUCUGAUGGUCUGAGCAUUGCCAAACAUACCUGGAUCAGGUAUGUUUGGUCUUCAGAUUUUAUAACUUCUUGUAGGCAUUUCAAUAUACUGUGUAGCCAAUGAAAACCCAGCUCCCGAUGACGCAACACACCUGAGAAGGUCAACGCACCUCGAGCAUUUCUGACGCCUGGCCGCCAGCCAAUGAAAAGUCGAAUAUCCCCAGGAUCCUACAGAAGCAUCUGUGAGCACCCACAUGACCAUGAUAUAAAGAGGACUUGCCACCAAGAUUCAGUCCUCCACGCACACACGCACACACACAGAGCAACUUGUAAUAGUAGCAGUAAUAGAUAUACUAAGUCAAAAUGACUCCACCGGAUUUGACGAUCCCCUUUGGCACAUUGCUUGCCAGAUUUAGCAACACUGGGAAAUCCUUGAUGAGGAAAAUAGAGAAGACUCUAUACAAAAUUAAUGGAGCUGAUGCAGCAAUCCUUUUUAAUAAGACUUGUUUAAAAAAUAUACUGUAUACUUAUUUCUAGGCAUCCCAAUUAGGUGGCCAACCUCCAGUGGAAAUUCUUCCAUUAUCUUCACAAUAGCAGAAUUCUGAUCUCUGGUGUAGUGAAAAAACACUGGCCCCUUUCUCUUAAGGAUAUGAUUUUUCUAGAUUCACCUGGUCAAGGUCAAGACAGAAACCUUUGAAGACAUCAGGUGACAGAGUCCUUGACAUCAUAGAAUAAGGAACAACAUGUCACCAUCUCUUGAACCGGACCAUCUUCCAAAACAUCCAAAUAUGCAAAAUUAUCUGUGAGGUGACUUGUAACACAUCAAGUGGUGUGCUUUAGACCUAUGGCAUCACUUGUUCUUGGACGUUAUUUCAACUGUCUACUCAUAAUGUUUACUGUCAAACUUUUAUUUACUCAUACCAGUAGUCAUGACAAGCAAUGCCUUUGAGAAAAGAGGUUUUGAACUCAUCAUUUUCAUUCUUUUAUUAUUUGUAGCCCUGUUGAGCAACAUAGUUUUCAGAGGUUUGGCUACUAUGUCUGAUGUUAAAGGUAAGUGUCCUUUCCAAUUCUGGAAGACUCAAACCUGAAUUAAGAACCUUUUUUAAAGCUUUAUAGUGUUUUGGCUAUACCUUUUACAAACCUGUAAGCUACCAGAGACUCGGUUCCUGAUUCUGUAUAACCCUCCAGUACUUUGCUGGACCUUACAGGCCUGUGAAACACUUUAGGACUUUCAGCAUAUAGGCCUUCCACUUAAGUGAUGAUUCAAGCAAACAUAUGAGCAGUUGGUAAGAAGGCAGGCACAUGUGGUGAGGCUAUCUACUUUUGUCUGGCAGAGAAGAUUGGUGAUCCUGAAAAAAUCAUGAUAGACCUUGAUAGUAGGCAUACGUAGUUAUGAUUAAUUAAUAUAUGUGAAAAACCUUCUUGCUAUAAAACCAUAGUUUUUGCAUUAUUCUCUUAACAGACAUCAUUGGUAGUCUUUGUUUGUACUAUUUACAUGGGCUGUCUGGUUGUAGAUAUCAUCAAUGUUUGCAUCAUGUAACUGAAAUUUUAGCUGCUUUCCCUCUUCACUUCACCUGUUAAUGGUUAAGGACUGGAAGGUCUCCACUGGUGUUUCAAUCCCCUUCCCUGGUAUGUACUUUAUUAAUAUUGCUGCUUUAACCAUCCUGAUGUUAUGCUUUCAUUUUUUGUCUACAGCCAUUUCAGUAUACAGGGACUAAGUGGUUGUAGAAACUAGCUAAACAUUUGCUCUCUUUGGGAGAGAGUUGUUUUAUAAGUCAGCUAAGGUAUUGGACAUGAUGCCAAGCUUUUUCUUCCAUGUUGUGAAUGUAGUUAAGUUGCUUUAUAGAGUCAUUGAUAGGUUAUUACUAUACUAAUACACUUAAGUAGACUUUAGAAUAUAAGGGUGAACUUUUCUCGUAUUCUUAUUUUAAUGUGAUCGAAGACUUUGUCUUUAGAAUAUUUAUUUUGAUAAUUAUGUAGUGCAUAUCAUCUAGACUGUAUUUUGUAUCUUUUAAUUUGAUGUACCUUUGUUAUAUGAACAUUCCUAUAUCUGUAUUUAGGGAAAUCAGUUAUAAUUGAGAUUUAGUGUUUCACAUUUUAUUUUUAUUAUGGAUUCUUAAUUGUCUGUGAUGCAAGUACUGCUUUACUCAGUAUGCAAUGAGAGAAGCAAUUCAUUUGGUCAGAACUUUAGCAUUUAAUGUUGAAAUUGAUCUUGUGAUUAGAGGAGUCAUCAAGUUGUAACACCUAUUGUGGCCAUAGUGCAGGAAUUUUGGAAGUCUGAAUGCAAAUUUUUUAUAGAGUACAAAUUGAUAACAUUGUUGGUCAUUCAACUGUUGUACAAAAAAUAAUUACUUAGCUGCUUGAGCUCCUUCUCCAUCUGUUGGAAAGUUAAAGUUGAUUGGUUAUUUGUAUUGAUUUGUCAAAUUUUCACACAUGCAGGAAUUUGAUGCCAACUCCUAGUAAGAUACAGUAGAGUUGCUGUACUUAGUUUGUGGAUUUGCAGGUUAACAAGUAACUGGUCUGUAUUAGCUAUAAGAUGUGUGACAUAUUUUUGCUCUUAAGUAACCAGGUUUUGCAUAAAAGUCAAAUACAUACUGUACAGUAAUAGCAGGUUUUCCUUCUUUAUCCCUGAAAUUGCUUUAGGCCUUUAAUUCAUAUUUACUUUUGGAAUACCAUUCCUUUUUAUUUUGUCAAUAUUGAUAUUUUUUUGUUUAGCUGAGUGUUUUUUUGAAAUCUUAGAUUCUUAAAAAUACUUUUAGAAAAUUCAGGUGGUGAUAUCCUGUUGUUUGUCUGUCUUUGCUUGUGCUGGGUUUUAUCCCAAAUCUCCCUCAAACCUGAACAUGGCAGUGUAUAUACAGAAAACUUGCCCUUAUUUUGCUCUCUCGAUAAUGUUAAUAAGUUUUCUGUCAUUAUGGUGGCGGUUUUCAAUCUGUUCGGCUUUCUCUGAAGUUGGUUCACAUCAGCUAGCAGUAUUUUUGUACUUACAUCAUUGAAAGGUCUCUCUUUUAUACUUUUUUUGUUAUGUAACAGACUAAAUUGCAUUUAUUAGUGAGUUUUUAAAGAUUGGUCAUGUCCUCAUCCUUUCAAUUAAAUGCUUAGAAUUACUAGUCAUAUGGUAUGUUUGAAAUGAGUGUGUUUUGAGUUUUAAUGCAUAGUAUAUAUUUUGGAAGGUUUGUCAUUUAAUAAAGCAAUGCUCUGAACUUUUGUGGAUCAGUUUAUCCUUAUGUAGAUGGAAAAUGUACUGGUAUAAACGCUCUGUGCCACAUGUAUUGCUUCUCUUCAUUUGUAUGGUAUAAGGUGGGAAUCAGUACUUCAUCUACAUGAUCAAAUCAUAAGAUGUGAAGAAGAAUAUUAUGGAUAAGUACAGCAGCCUAUGUUAAACCUGUUCACGCAUUUUUGUUAGGAGUAUGUUCACAUGAUCCUUCCUCAAGUUGUUAAUUUUGGCAAAUGUUGUAGAAUUCUUUAAAAUACUAUGGUUGUUUCAACCCAUCAUUUCCUGUAUCCUUUGAGAAAGCAUUUGUCCUGGCUUUAAUAGUAUUUUAUGGUACUUUCUCCAUUUGCAUUUAGUUUUGUAACAAAAGGCAGUGUGUGUUAAAAGUGUAAAGAUCCAUUUAUUGACAUUUUUCAUGUUAUUUAGUGAAAAUUUUCUGAUGAAAAAAAAAAAAAGAUUCCUGCUGUGGAUGUGUAGCUCAAUAUCCUUCUAUUAUUAUUAUGUAAUAAUUUGGAAUUUUUACCAGUGAAAACAGCAUUCUCUUUUGAUUCAAGUUUAUUAUAAUACAUAUUUCUCAAUAUAAAUGUAAUUCACAUUUUCAAUAUCAAUACAGUAAGUGAAUUUGACACUUCUGCAUCAGCAAGUAGUCAUGAAUGUUGAAUGAGGCUCUCUGUAUAUUGCUCUCUGUAAUCUUUUCCAAAUCUCCUAGCAAGUUUUUCUAUUCUAAAUGCAAAUGUAGUCUCAACUUUUAUCUUAUUUUUUAUUGCAUUACAAUAGAGGUUCAGUUUUUACCAUUGCUGAUUACUAUUUGAAAGAAGAGGAUGAUGAUUGAAUUUGUUGUCUUUCUAGCUCCAGAUAUCUUGAAGUAUUUUCCUUUUUUAGUAGUGGCAUCACUGAUUUGGAUCAUUUUGCUUAGAAAAUUUUCCUUCAAUAUGACAUUUUCCUUGUGCUAUGCUAUAACCAAGAUAGGAAGACUCUAAACCGUACUCUUAAAGGCUUCUUUGAGAGAGAAUAGAGUGGCUUAUUUUCAGACUUAGUGAUAAAGUAUAAGAGCUGCAGUGCAUAGUAGCAUGACUUGUUCACAUUCUUUGUGAUAUGUCUUACAAAAGUUAGUUGCUGUGAAUGUCAUAGCCAUUACACUUUUUGUUUUUUUUUUUUUUUUUUUUUUUUUUUUUUUUUUUUUUUGCUGUAAAUUUUGAUAAAUCUCCAUUGUUUCACUUAGGCUAUCAGUUUAGGGAGGAGUAGAAUGAUUAAUAAUGCAAAGGGGAAAAAUAACUCGGCACAAAGAGACCUUUCCUAAGGGUUCAUCUUUGUUUCUGGUAUCUGGUUGUACACUCCGUGUCAUAAGGUGCAUAUACCACACUAAAACUAUAUACUUCAAGUUUUGAAGAUAUAUACUUCCCUAUCUGUGGUUUAGACUUCAAGUUUUGAAGAUAUACAUAUACUUCCCUCUCUGGGGUUUUUCAGAUAAUUGUCACAAUGAAGCCCAAUUUAGAGAGAUCUUUCCUUUUUGUUUACUUUUGCAUUAAAUAUCUGCCUUUUGUUUUCAUCGCGUUUUGGAGAAGUGGGUCAGACUUGUCAAUUUAUUCUCUUUUGCUCUUCGUAGCAUUUUUCUCUUCUCAAGCACUUUCAUACAUUACAGUUUGAUUGUGAUUCUUUUCAUUAUAUUUUUGUCUUGUGUUAUAUGUAAUCCUAACUUAUUUAUUUGAUGAGGGAAUAUAUGAGAAUUGAGUUCAGAUGUUGCCUGUAACUCUUUUCUGUUUGUUUUUGCAUAGAUAUCCAAGUGUACAUACCUUUAUGAAUUUGAAAUGAUUAAAGAUCAAUCUAUUUAAUAUUGUGUAAGGUUUUUGUAUUCAUGGAUGUAUUUUGUUUGAUAAAUACAAUAUACUGUAUACAUUUUGCAAAAGAGGGAUAUCAUGUACACCAUCAGUAAAACUAAAACAAUACUAUUUAUAGUGAGUGCAUUUGUACUUACAUGGUGAGGGAACAUUGUUUCUAUUUAUAUUGCCAAUAUUGGGGCUUUGAAUAACAACAGAGUGGUUUCUUAAGAGAAAUGUGGAUUAACUGCAAAGCACAAUUUGUUGUAUCAGUUCAAAAUGAGUCAUGCCAAAAGUCUGCAUGUUGAGAAAAUGUAAGAAAUGUGUAGUGGUAAUUGCAGUUUGCUUAGUAUUAUGUUUUAUGGCAUAAAUAUUUUAGCUGCAUUAAAGGUCGUGUUUUUAUUUUUACAGUUCUUGUAUAAAAACUGUUCUUAUGUGGUCAGGCAAGUUGCUAUGGUCCAGCACACACAUUAAUAAUUUGCUGGGUUUACUGCAGGUAGCAGAUUCUCUUUCCUUUUCAGAACUUUAGCCAUAAUGACAUUGCCAGAAAUCCCCUCUCUCUCUUUCCUCAUUUACAAGAAGUAGCAUUGCAGGGAAAAUGAUUAACAUUGAACUUUUAAGGUAUGUUUGUUUGGAUGCUUUGAAUGUGUGAAAAUCCAUUUGUUGUCCAUUAUAAUACAGUAAUUGGCUAAGUCUCUGUUAAUUGUAUCAAUACUUUCCAUGCAGUUGUUGGAGAUAAAACUGAUGCAUAACAACACCACCUUGAGCUUUGGGUGCUGAGAUUGUAAUGAAAAUGUGUUUUGCUAGAGUUAUUCUUCUAUUUUAUAAUUUCAUAGAUGUAUUUUUAACUUUGCGGUUAUUUUGAGAAUUCCUGUUCUUUUCAUUUCAAGUGUGAUCUGUGAAGGUCUUUUGCUGAUAUUACAGGUUCUUUCCUAGAAGGUUGAAAGACCCUAGAAUUUAUUUUCCUGGUGGAAAGUUCUGGAUUUGGGCCCCAUUCUUUGCUGUCAUUAAGGUCCUUUACUGUUUUAUUUUGUAAUGUUUUGAAAACAUUAGAAAAAUGGAAGAGAUACCACAGAUUUAAAAGCAACUAUUGUAUAAAAUCACAUUUCACAUUGAUAAAUGGGUACCAGCAUUAGCUGAGAGUUAAAGGCGGGGGCAGAAAAAUAAUGGCUAACAUAUUGCACUGUUCCUGACCCUAGUAUGCAUGAGCUUCCAGUGGUAUGGAUCUGACUUAGAUUUUUUUUACUUGUUCAACAAAAGAUCCAAAAAUGGACCAGUGAAUGCUGUAACUUUCAUUGUGUUCAAGGUAUCUGAUCUUUGAUAUUGGUCAGUGUUUUGGUGUUAUUAUUUCAGUUUUCGGGAAUUUUUAUUUGCUGUUGCUUGUAACUUGUAGGUUCUCAGGGGACAUAUUUUGGCCGUAUAAAUUAUUUGAAACUGGUGUAUGUCACUUAUCAGUUUGUUAUAAUCUUGUUAUUGGCAUAAUAUAUAACCCACAUGCAUUAAAAAAUUUUGUCAUAUUAAAAAAAAUAUAUUUACAAUCUUCUGUCACAUUUGUAGUCUAGUCUGCCAAAAUUCAUGGUGUAAUCAUGUUUGUUCCAGUAGAAUACCAUCACACUGAUGGAGUACAAGAACCCUUGUAAAAUGUGAAAGGAGUAGGUGUACUAAACUUGAAAACUUUUCCAGAUAGAAUCAUAGCUUUAAUUUGGUUUGGUAGGAUAAGUGUUAUAAUUUGUAAGCUUUCAUUCUUUUACUUAUCAAGGGAAUCUUAUCGUUAGCAUGAAUUGCAACUGCUUAAAAAGAAUAUGGAAGUUCAUAUCUGUGCUAAUAUUGACAUCACAUUUACCAAAUUUGAAAGUUUCAAAUUGAUCACAGUAAAUUCAUGAAAACUGAUGGUCAGUUUUCUUUAGGAAAGGAAAUUUAUAUGUAAGUGGUAUAGACAAUAAUAUAGCAUUCAAUGAUAUUUGGCACCAUCAUAAAAUUAUUCUGUCCAUUGACUGUAUUAUGUGUAAUACACAUAAUAAUAACAUAUUUUAAAGAUUAUUGACAGUUUACUGUAAAAUAGUUUGUUAAAAGUACCCUUUGCUGUGGUAUCAGCAUGAAAGCCUUCGUUGCCCACUGUAUGAGGCUUUAAACCCAGUGGCAUGGUUUUAAAUUUGGGUUGUAAAUUAGUGACCUUAUCAUUAAGAGAGAAAUAAGGUAAUGUCUGGCAACAUCCAUUUACGUUUGGUAUAUCCUCUUUGCUGGUAUCUGUUGUAUUGAUAUUUUUGUAAUUUCUCAUAGUAGUUAUGAUGUGCUUUUCAUUUGCAUUUUCUUAGGUUUUAUUUGUAGCAAAUGAAUGACUUUGAGAAGCUAGGAAAGCAGGCCCAGAUAAUAUAUGUUACAUGUAAUUUGAUAAACCAAAAGUUUUGACUUUGAUGUUCAAAUUGUAAUAAAUGACACUGUAAUGUUAUGCUGUAUAUUAUUUGUACAAUACAGGCAGCCCCCAGUUAUCAGCGGGGUUCCAUUCUCGGCGGGCUGCUGAUGAGCGAAAACCACCAUUAACCGAAACUCAUUCAUUUAUGGUGCCGAUAUCAGGUUAAUGGCGCCUAUAUUAGGUAUGUUAUGGCACCAUAUUUCUAUUAUCAGUGCCAACCGAAAAUUGGUGCAUUUCUAGAUGAGCGCCAUAAAAUGGAUUGCCAUUAACUGAGUCUGCUGAUAACCAGGGACUGCCUUAGUUUUUCUGUACUCAUGUGAAAAUGACAUUCCAAAACAGUAAUUAUUUUCACAUUGAUAUUGAUAGAUACAAUAUGUAAAUGUAAAUAAGAAACCAACCAGACAUUGGUAGCAACAGUCGAAGGAGAUACCUAUGCUGCUAAAGGUAAUAUUUGUUUCUUUUUCAACGAAAGAAUUUUGCCAGAAUGGAGGAUUUGGUAUGAGUGUAGUGACUGAAGAUGUUUAUUCUUAAACAAGUCAAAUUGAGGAAGUGUUGCAACACCACUGAUUUCACAUAGCAAUAAACAUUUUUAUUAGAUAGGUAUUUUUCGUAAUGGUAAGUCUUGAAGAUUAUAUACUUCACAAUUACACUCUUACCAAGAAUGACUUGCGACACAUAUUGGAUUUGGUGAGGUUUUUUUUACACUUUGUGCAUGUCUUGACACACCUGAAAAUGACAGGACACCUUUUUUUAUUUAGGUUACUAAACUGUUGCUUAAUGGCUUUGAGACAGCAGGCAGUAUAUACGUAUAACUCCAUCUUGCCCACCUGCUCGAUAUCAUGACAACUUAUAUGCAACUAUGAUUAAACACAUCAAAAUAUGGAUUAUGGGCCCAAACUUCAUGAAUUUGCAGAGCUUUGUCUCUCCUUGUUGAUAGUUAUAAGAUCCUAUGUUACCUGAUAUUUGUGAUUUCUAUGUAUGCAUUGGGUGGAUGUACAAAAACCCACUCAUUUCUAAUCUAGUGAGUGUUGGAGGAGUGAGCUUCAGUAGGUGUUCCAUUUUGUGCAGAUACAAUAUCUACAUCUAUUCCUUUUAGUAGGUAAAGGUCUGCAUUUAGGAUACCGAGUCAAAUUUUGUUUUUAAGAGUACUUUUAAAACCCAAGUUUUAACAAAUUUCAUUUUGGUUAGGUACAUGUUUUGCUAAGUAAAGUUUGCUUUGUCUCAUGCUUGAGUUUAAUAUGUUUUGCCUACAGAAGAAGCCCAGUUUUCCAAUCCCACAAGAGAGAAAAUGAGAGAGAGAGAUAGAGAGAAUGAGAUGCGUAGACUACAAUCUAAGUCAGUUUCCUUGUAGAAUAUAAUUUGAAGAUUAAAUAAAUAGGAUUUUCAUAGGAUUGGCUUUUUGUAUAAAGUUCUUUUAGGAUUAAAUCCUUCUGUGGCUCAUAAAGUUUAAGACUGAUGAACAUGUUACAUUUUCAAGGAAUACAACAAAAAAAAUUGAGCAACUUUGUGUCAUCCUGAGAAAAUCCUAGACUUCCUUACACCAGAGGUUAAGAAGAUAUCAUCAUUGCUAUGUAUCUUGUUACUCUGAUUGUGCUCCUGAGGAUAAUACAGUAGUGUGUUUUAUGUCGAGAAUGGCAGAGUUAAGGUAGGAAGAAGUUACAAUACAAUAAAGUUUGAGUAUUGCAAAGUAAGGUAGACCCUUCAGCCUAAGUUGGUCUGUGCAUGGCACAAGGACAUGUUAUACCCACAAGAAAAAGAAUUGGGAAUUGGAUAUUGCAAGUAGCAUUUUGAUUCCACUUCGAGAUCCAGGACAGGCAUUGACCUUUGAAGUUGGUUAACAGUAAUAAACAUCUGGCCUUAGUUUAGGCCCUUUCUUGCCUUGCUUGUGCCAUAUGCAGUCUGUUGCUGCUUGAUGCAGAGUAAACAGUGAACUUACUCAGUCUUAAGUUAUUAUUACAAUCUUCAGAUAUCUUGUGGCUAUUUUUGGUCUCUAGUAUCUAGGUUAGCAUGUAGAAAAUAUUAUGAAUAAAAUUUAUUUUUGUGGCAUAUGAAA